AUGAACACUCGGGUGAAACCACUCUGUUGUCACAACUUCAUAAUGACCUUACUAACAAGCUGGAUAUCAGCACCAACAGCAUUCCUUCUCUUAGAUUUUUGGAGAGCAAAGGUACAUGCUUCUGGAAGCCCAGAGGAGGAAAUAGAUUACACAUAUGUUAUUAUAGGAGUUACUCUGGGAGCAGUUCUAGCAAUCGGUUUUGUAGCAGUAAUAAUCUGCAUGGUCAAAGCCAAAAUGAUUGACAGUGACUUUGGAGAGUCAGAUGGCAAAAUGGAAAGAAGGUCAAACACAGGAUCAAGCCAAAACAGAUGACAGCAAUGCAAUAAGAAACCCAAGUACAAGAGAUCAAUAACCCUUUUGCAAUCAACAGUUACCUGGUCUGAGGAUCAAUAGAAGUCUCUUGUGCACAGGCAGGAAUCUUACCAAUACCAAUCCUUUUCUCUGUUCUUUAGUUGAAAGGCUGAUUGAUUGUUUACAGGAAGAGCUUAUAGUGCAGCUAACUUCAAUAACCUGCACCCAAAAGGCCUGCAAUCCCCCUCAGCAUGUCUGUGAAGGAGAUGUGUGAGGAAAAUAAAAUAGAUGGGCUCUGUUCACUAAUAGAUCCUCUUUAUUCUGUGAUAAAUAUAUGAUUGAUUUCUAAAGUCAGUUAAAUAUCAGGUAAUCAGAAAGGUGGCAAUAUAAUUCAGCAGCAGAAUUCAUGGUUACAGACAUGUUUCAAGAGAAGUAAAUAAUUAUUUCAGCAACUUGGAAAAUCAUUCAUUUGAGGUUAGAACAAAACAAGGCUUAAAAUUUAUUUCAGGAAAUACAUGUUUUGGGUAAGAAAAUAUUUCAUUAAUUUAAAGUUUUAUCUUUUUUAGAUCUAGAACUGAUGUAUUUUGUAGGUGUUAGUGAUGAUUCAAUUUAAAAUUAAUUAUGGCCAUUUAAAAUUAAAAAUUCCUUUUUGAAAUAAUGUUUUUCAUGUUCUGUUGACACUUCAUGUCAACACUGUACAAACAAACUAAUCUGUUAUUUCCAGGAUUUCCCUAUCCCUAUUUCUUUAGUAUAAAACAAUGCACUAAGUUCAAUCAGAAUUUGUGAAUAAUUUCAGUUUCCCAGCACCUUCAUUCUUGUUCUAGCCUUAUAUGUUCUGUUGGACUUGAUUAUAUCAAAAUUGCUUUGCCUGGCUCCAAUUAUAAGUUUCUUACAGUGGGAAUGAUGAGAAGAAAAGUUAAAGAUUUGUUUCAGAACAUUUAGAGUAGUUUAAAUAAUUUAAAAUAAUUUAAACCCAAGUUAUUCUGUAAACACUUUCCAACUUUUAACAAAGCUUUGAGUCGGUGGCUUUGGUUUUGGUUCAGAAAACAAUGCUGUGGAUUCUAUUCUGUUUAAUCCUCUUCUUUCAAGAAUGCUGUAUAUAACAUAUUGUCAUCACAGGGUGCAAGAAAACAGGGAGAUUUUUGUAUUUCAACCGAGGCUUUUCUUUCACCUUGUGAAGACAGGGCAGCCACUGUCAACUGUGAGAACUUUGGGAACUCUUGGCCAGCAUCCUCUGCUAUUCCUACAGCUUCUCUCAGGAAACCCAGCAGAACUUCAAGGCUUGGGGGCCUCAGGUAGAUGGCAUGCCCAACUGAGUUAAGUAAUAUCCCAGUAUUUCACAGGCAGAGCUGUAUGUUGUAGCAUUACAGGAUGACUCCAAACUGGAUGUUACACUAUUUUAUUGCAACUUACCAUUAUCCAGAUCCAAAGACUCCAACCUGUAAAUAAAUAGGAUCUUCAUAACCUUUUAGCUCAAGCCAAUGUCUAUAGACAUAUGGGCUUUUUUAAAUCCCUCACUUUACAUACAUUCUUAAAGUUCAGUUUUAUACCUGCUUCUGCUUUCAGUGUGGCAGAUCAUAAUAAAAAUAAUAAAGUUCUUUCCAGCUCUCCACUAAUAUAAGAGAUUUAAUCCAACUUAAAAAAAAAAAAAAAGCGCAGUUGUGAGACUGAAGUCCAACCUAGAAAUUCUGAGUGUUAUUAAGAAAUAUCACUCAAAAGUCAUGGAGAUAAGGGCCUCCUGUCCAGUAAUCAACUUUCAGAUCAGGCAGAGCUGAUGUGCUGGGUCAGGGACUUAGAGGAAACAUGCUGUUAGAACAUAAGAACAGAUAUAUCAGAAUUUUGUUUUUAUAAAGAAUAAGCUACUGUACUACUUGUGACUAACUAAAGGGAUCUCAAUAUAGGUAUUUUUUGACUUUCACAAAGCAGGUCAUUUGUCAAAUGUGCAAAGGAAACUGGAUAGUAAUUUUCCCACACAUUUUGAACAACAAAAUGUAAAAUUUAUUUUGACAGAAGAAUGAUAUAUUGGAAUACUUUCCCUGGUUUCCUAGGCGUCUGUUACCCAUUUCAGUAACACUGCAGUUCAUUAGCAGCAUUUGCUAACAGAUAAACUAAAGCAGUAAUGUGAUACUUGUAAGUAAUUUUGUGUACAUGUGUAAGUGAAUAAAGCAUCUUGUAAGGUA